AUGGAGGAGACUAUGCUGGCAUCAGGUCCGAAAUCGGAAAAUUCUGCAAAGAAAAAGCCAACCAAAGGCGAUAUCAGACAAGGCAUGGCAAUUGUGGGAGCUACGAUGCCAACAAAUACUAAAGAAUCGCCGAAAAAGAGUCUCAUGGCCGUAGCGGACGAAAAGAAGGCGAAAACGAAGAAGCUCGAACGCGCUGAAUCGGAAAAGGAAGAAAUAGGACGAUCAGAGAAGAAAUUAUCAGAAAUAACAGCAGAGGAGGAGAAAGGCGUGAAGAAAAGUAGCAUAACAAGAUCAAACGGAAAAGCCGCCAAGAAAACGCUCGAUGACAAAGCGAUCCAAAAAGAAAGUGAGUAA